AUGGUACCGGAAAGACGCUCCCAAGGGAAGGGAGUCUGCUGGUCCCUGAGACUCUGGUCGGUCGCUGUGAUUUCUAUCCUGAUCCUCAGCACCUGUUUCAUCGCCACCUGUGUGGUGACUUACCAGUUUUCGAUGGACAAACCCGAUACAAGACUGUCUGAGCUUCAUGCAUACCAUUCCAGUCUCACCUGCUUCAGUGAGGGGACAAGGGUGUCAGAAAAGAUGUGGGGGUGCUGCCCGAGUAACUGGAAGUCAUUUGGCUCCAGCUGCUACCUCAUUUCUACCAAGAAGAACAUCUGGAGCAUCAGCGAGCAGAGGUGCAUCGAGAUGGGGGCUCAUUUGGUGGUGAUUACCACGGAAGCCGAGCAGAACUUCAUCACCCAACAGCUGAAUAUGUCGGUUGCUUACUUCCUGGGGCUUUCUGACCCCCAAGGUAACGGCAAAUGGCAAUGGAUUGAUAGCACUCCUUUCAGUCAGAACAUCAGGUUCUGGCACCUGAAUGAGCCCAAUCUUCCCGAAGAGCCAUGCGCUUCGAUUGUCUACUGGCAUCCAAGGAAAUGCGGCUGGAAUGAUGUGUUCUGUGACAGUAACUAUAAUUCAAUGUGUGAGAUGAAGAAGACUUACCUAUGA